ACCCUCACAGCUACCCUAGGAGGUAGGUUAUUUCUUUCAUUUUAUAGAUUUGGAAAAUGAGGCUACCCAAAUUCAUAGUUGGUAAAUAAUUGUUGCCAGGAUUCCUAUCUAAGCAGUGUCAUUCUAGAACCAGGUUCUGAAGCUUCUCAUUUAUGGCAGUCAUUUUUAAAAUUUGGUAAUGUGAUAUAAAGGAACUGCUAUCAGAACCACCAGGAAUUCUGUAGUGUAUCUACUUAUGUAAGGAAGCAGAUUUGAUGAGGCCAUAUUUUAAUGUGAAUCAGGUUAUGAAGGAAACAGUUAUCUGUCUAUGUUAAAUUCAUUAUUUUCUCGCAUUUCAAUUUUCUUAGGAAUGUCUGUGUUAAAGUUGAUUAAACACUGCCAUGUGGUAUCUGAAAGGAAAAGAAAUCUUACUGAUUUAAUUUACCAAAUUAAAUCUAUUGCCUUAUUUUCUUGCAUUUGAAGGUCAUUAAUAGGUGGGAAUCUUCCUGUUGUCAGAAACAUAUUAUGGGUACAUUUUGAGUUGUUGGGCAUGUUUUUAAUGGUCUUCCUACUAUAUUUACCUCUUUUGCUGAUGAGCUUAUUGCAUCAGAGUUAGAUAAAUCUUUAAGUACUGAUACAGAAAGCCUUCCAGGACAUAAAGAUUUAUCUAAGUUUUAGAAGUGUAUGUAUAGUAUGUACUUACAUACUAUGUAUAGUGGGAAUCUUUUUUUUUUUAAAGCAGCGUAGGUGAUUGUGAUGAUGAGCCGGGUUUAAGACUCCUGCACUACUAGGCAACACUUCUUUUCAGUGAAAUUCCAGGUCUAAGAUAAUUUUAUAUAUGUAGUCAGAAAAUGAUGUUAUAUUAAUUAUUCUUAGCAACUUUGCUUUUCCUUUUUUCUUCUCUUAUUUCUCUACAAUAGUUUAUGCCAAAGUGGCUUCAUUCAUAUGGAUGAACCAAGGAUUGGGCUAGCGCUAUACCAUUAGAAUCAGACAGCUGAUUGCCCAGCAGGAUGCCGUCGACUAUCCCAACAGAGGGCCUGAAGGACCCUGAAACUGCAGAACUCUUCUUCAAAGAAGAUCCAGAGAAGCUCUUCACAGAUCUCAGAGAAGUUGGCCAUGGGAGCUUUGGAGCAGUGUACUCUGCACGAGAUGUGCGCACCAAUGAAGUGGUGGCUAUCAAGAAAUUAUCUUAUACUGGAAUGCGGCGUAUGAAGAAAUGGCAGGACAUUAUUAAGGAAGUCAGGAUUCUACAAAUAUUAAAACAUCCCAACAUUAUAGAAUACAAAGGCUGCUAUUUAAGUGAGCACACAGCAUGGCUUGUAAUGGAAUAUUGUAUAGGAUCUGUUUCAGAUUUCCUGAAAGUUCACAAAAAGCCAUUACAAGAAAUGGAAAUAGCAGCAAUUACACAUGGUGCUCUCCAGGGAUUAGCCUACAUACAUUCUCAUACCAUGAUCCAUAGAGAUAUCAAACCAGCAAAUAUCCUUCUGACAGAACAAGGCCAGGUGAAACUUGCUGACUUUGGAUUGGCUUCCAUGGUCUCUCCUGCCAGUUCUUUUGCAGGAACGCUGUAUUGGAUGGCCCCAGAUGUAAUUUUAGCCAAGGAGAAUGAAAAACAACAAUAUGGUACCGAAGUAGAUAUUUGGUCUCUUGGAAAAACAUGUAUUGAACUAGCGGAAAUGAAGCCUCCUUUACAGAGUAAUAGUUCAGUAAGUGUCUUCAGUCAUAUAAUCAGAAGUGAAUCCCCUACACUACAGUCUACUGAAUGGUCUUAUCAUUUUCGACAAUUUGUAGAUUCUUGCCUCCAGAAAAUCCCUCAAGAUCGCCCUACAUCACAGGAACUUCUAAAGCACAUGUUUGUUCUUCGGGAGCGCCCUGAAACAGUGUUAAUAGAUCUAAUUCAAAGAACAAAGGUGCUUUCCCAGGAGGCACAUAAUGGACCAGCAGUAGAAUCACAGGAAGAAGAGGAACUAGAUUACUGUGUUGGAUGGAAAGGGACAGUGAAUAGUGUUGAAAGUCAUCAGGCUGUUCCCAGUAUGUCCAGCGGGGCCAGUAGUCAAAGCACUAGUGUCAGCAGUUUUCCAGAUGCCUCAGAUGCUGAGAGAGAGCUAGACAUGAUGGAGGGAAACCACCCAGUCACGCCUAGUAGUUCUGCCACCCAUUUAAAACCUGUGAGUAUUUGGAUUUCAGUGAAAAAAAUUUCAAAUUUAAUAACUAAUUUUCUUAGUCUGGUUAGUCUAAGAGUUUGGGUUUCUUUCUUUUCCUUUGAUGUUUCAGAAGUUUGGAACAUAAUUUUAGGGAACUUAGUUACAAGGCAAAUGCAAGAACACAAGCCUAGAGAACAAAUGUUUUGUUACAUCGAAAUGAGGUGGCAACAUCGAAAAAAGCUGGUGACUCUGGAAAACACGCUGAAGGCUGAGAUGGAUGAGCAUCGUUUCAGAUUAGAAAAAUAUUUUGAAACUCAGUGUAACAACUUUGCGGCAGAAAUGGAGAAACUUAUAAAGAGACAUCAGGCUGCUCUGGAAAAAGAGGCUAAAGUGAUGUCCAAGGAGGAGGAAAAUUUUAAGCAACAUCUACAGGCCCAGCAGAAGAAAGAACUGAACAGCUUUUUGAAGUCCCAGAAGAGAGAAUAUAAACUUCAAAAGGAACAGCUUAAGAAGGCGCUGAAUGAAAGCCAGAGCGCCCCAAGGAAAGAAAAACAGGAAUGGCUGUCAAAGCAGAUAGAGAACAUCCAGCAUCUCCAAGCCGCGGAAAAGACUGAUCUUCUUCAACAUCAGAGACAGUGCCUAGGGCUGCAAUGCCGUCGCUUCCAAAGAAAGAUAUUCCUUGGGCGCUGUAACUUGGAGCAGGACCUUGUCAUGGAGGAGUUAAAUAAGAGGCAGACUCAAAUGGACUUGGAGCAUGCAACGCUACUGCGUCAUCACGAAUCCAUGCAAGAACUGGAGUUCCGCCAGCUCAACAGAAGGCAGAAGAUGCGCUCUGAGCUGAUCAGACUGCAGCAUCAAGCCGAGCUCACUAACCAGCUGGAGCAUAAUAAACGGAGAGAACAAGGACUAAGGCGAAAGCAUGCCAUGGAGGUUCAACAACAGUCUAAGAGUCUGAAGGUACCUUUACUCCAAAUCAAAAAGCAGUUCCAGGACACCUGCAAAAUCCAAACCAGACAGUACAAAGCUUUAAGAAAACACUUACGGGAAUCUACACCAAAGAGUGAGCGCAAAGCUGUUCUGAAACGGCUUAAGGAGGAGCAGACCCGGAAGUUAGCCAUCUUAGCUGAGCAGUGUGACCACAGCAUUUGUGAAAUGCUCUCCACUCAAGCCCUGCGUUUGGAUGAAGCACAGGAGGCAGAGUGCCAGGUUUUGAAAAUGCAGCUGCAGCAGGAACUGGAGCUGUUGAAUUCAUAUCAGAGCAAAAUCAAGCUGCAGGUUGAGGCACAAGAUGAUCGAGAGCUUCGGGAGCUUGAACAGAGGGUCUCCUACCGCAGGGCACUCAUACAACAACAGAUAGAAGAAGAGGUACUGACGUUUCAGAAUGAAUCUACGGAACGAAUACAAAGCCUGCUGGAGCGUCGAGCAACACAAAUGAAAGCUUUCCAGUCCGAAAGCGAGAGACUAGGUUUUAGUAACCUUGCCCCUGACGCAUUCAGCCACAGCUCCUCCAGAGCUUCUGAUUGGCCUCACAAUCCAACUGGGGGUCCAGGACCUCACUCGGGGCAUCCCAUAGGUGGCCCACCACAAGCCUGCGGCCAUCCAAUGCAAGGUGGGCCUAGUCAUGGAGGUCACCAUUCCACGCCAAUGCAUUGGGUACCCCGAGGUAGCAGUAUGGGAGUUGGCAAUGGCCCUCAGGCUCUGAGGCGGACAGCUGCCGGGGGACGGACCGAAUAGGGCAUGAGCAGAAGCACGAGCGUCACUUCACAAACAUCCAGUGGGUCACACAUGUCUUACACGUAACUUAAUAACUGAGAAUGGCAAUUCCGCUGAGCUGGCCGCCACUACAGACAUCACCCCAGCAGCCUCCUCACUUGGCUAAUACCGUGUGGAAGCUGAGUGCAUGUGGUAUAUUUUACUCAUUUUUGUAAAGCGUUUUGUUUUGUGUUUACUAAUUGGGAUGUCAUAGUAUUUAGCUGUUGGGUUUUGUGUUUUUUGUUUUUAACUUUUGGGGAAAUUUUAUGAAAAGGGGAAUUGGUGUGUAUGUGUAUUUAUCAAAUAUGCAGACACACACACACACACACAUAAUGCACGUAGGAAAAAGAAACUGGUUAGAUAGGGUAUUUUCUGAAAACUCCAAAAACAGAAUUCAGCAGUGGCCUGAGUCAUCAUCACCUUUGGGCAACUCUAUCCUAAGAAAUUUGUGAAAAGAUCUAAAGCCUUUCUCCGUAUACCCCACCCAGGUUCUUAUGAGCCACUCACAGCAGGCAGCAUAUGCCAAAACAAGUUAUUAUGGAAACACACCUGUAUCCCCUCACCAAUGUAUUUUGUUUAUUAAAUAAAUGUAUUUUGUCUGACUUUGGUUUAUUAAAUUGGCCUCAUUUGAAGUAGGAAAAAAAGUGGAAAUCCAUGAACACUAAAGGGUUGCAUUGACUUUUUCAGAGAGUAGAAGACAACCUAAUUCUUUUUCUCAAUGCUGCAAGUUUGUCACUGAUUUUUUUUUUUUUUUGGUCCAUUCAAUUGUGCCUUCUUUGAGGCAUGGUGAGAUGGAGGUGCUUCAGGGGGUCACAAGUUUUGUGGGAAUUGCUUCACAGCACUGAUCUGGGUCAUCUUCAGUACCAUCAAUACUAGUUGUGAGACCUUAACCACAGCUUCUCUGACCAUGAUUCAAAAGAAAUAGGAAAACAGGUGGUUUCUGGUUUGAACAAAUGAACCAGUGUGAGACUCAUCAGCCAUAUUAUGGUUCUCAGAGUGUGUGUGUCUGUGUGUGGGGAGUGUACAGUGGGCAGCCCAGGGCCCAGCCUGAGAGCCUCAGAGAUGCCCGUCUUCCAGGCCCUUCCCAACUUUGCAAUGGAAUUAAUAACUGGGA